UGUAGUGUUUUGUUUGUUGUGCACAUGUUUUUUUCAAAAAAUUGUAUACACUAUAAACAAGGGGUUUAAUUUAAAAUGGACUAUAUUAGACCUUUAGAACUGCAGCAAUUGUUGGAGUACUUUUCAAAAAAUACGUACCGUGCAAGGGAAUCGGAUCCGAAGUCUCAAGAAAUUUUGCAGAAGUGCCUGAAACUAAUAGAGUUGGACUAUCAUUACAUUGUUAUCAGCAAUGCUGGAGGUGAACUGAGUGCUCACUACCCAAGCCAGUUGAUAAUAUUGGAAUAUGAACAUUCUCAGAGCUGCAGCACAUCAGCAAAUGGUGUGACCCAAAACUCCACUAUAUAUGAAAGUCUGUAUGACAGUGCCAAACUGCGUGACCUGAUAGGGAAGGCACGUUUUGCACGCUGCAGGGCACGUUUCCCACUACCUGUCAUCCUCUAUCAUGGCAAAAACAUUUGUAGGUCAGCAACUUUGUCAGGAGGACCAGAAAUAUACGGUAGAUCCGGACUUGACUAUCUUUUCUCCGGAAGUGAAAAUGCUGGAGAUGACUUUACUUAUGAUGAAGUUGAUCAGCCACCGCAGUCACAAAGUGACUGGCAGUUGUUUGACAGAGUGCGUAGUCAAGAUAUACGCCUACUGAGAGCGUUAAAUGUUGGAACAAUAGUGGAUUUCAUGGUUGAAAAGAAAAAAGUAAAAUUUGGAGUAAAUGUCACAUCAUCAGAAAAAGUGGACAAAGAAAACAGAUACUCGGAUUUUACGAUUAUUUCACUGCCAUAUCCAGGAUGUGAAUUUUUUAAAGAAUAUAGAGAUAAUAAUUACGUUGCUAAAGGACUAGUCUUUGACUGGAGCCAGGCUCAUGUAGAUGCGAGUAUUGGUGUACCAGAUGAUCAAGUUUCAUCACAACUCAAAGUAGAGUGGAACAACUACAAGGAGUGGGACUUGGUACGACUUACUCAGAAUUACCUGAAGCUGCUGUUGCGCUAUCUGCAGGAUAACAACACUGGCCUACUGAUCCACUGCAUCAGUGGUUGGGAUCGCACUCCUCUGUUUGUAUCGCUUCUCCGUCUCUCACUUUGGGCUGAUGGGGUCAUCCAUCAGUCUUUGAAUCCAUACCAAAUAUUGUAUCUGACAAUUGCUUAUGACUGGAUGCUGUUUGGGCACAACCUCGAAGACAGACUUAGUAAAGGAGAAGAAAUCUUUUUCUUCUGCUUUCAUUUCCUGAAACACAUGCUUAGUGAAGAGUUCAGUGUUUUGUCAUCUAAGCCUAAGAUCAAGAACAUUGUUAUGCGCAAUGACUCUGAUCUUCAUCUUGAUGGUGUCUUGUUUGAAGCUGAGUGUCCAGUUAGUUGUCAGGGAUCAAAUAUAAGUCUGAACAGUUCAUGCAGUUCGCAAAGCAGCAAGAGUCAAGAUAACCCACCUGUGUACUUCCAUACGCUUCCAGACAGCAGUGAAGAUUCAUCCAGUGGCAUGUCACAGCCACAGUGGCCACAGGCACAAUAUCACGUGUCCCAAAUGCCUGAGCAGCCGCCUCGUUCACCACACCAGAGCAGGACAAGCCCAGUUGCUGUCCCUGUUUCCAGCCGCUUCAGACAGAGAAAUGAUUCUAGCAGCUCACUCAGUACUGGAAGUUGGCAACUCAUUUCUGGCACAGGAAGUCUGCGUGGAUCGGCAACAUCCACAGUUGAUACUUCAUCUCUUCUGGCGGCACCACAAACAGGCAACCAACCACCAUUGUAUGAAGAAACGACAUCUGCUGAUUCCAGUACAACUAUUAUUGAUGAUGAUUGUUUCUCUGUCAGUGUGUCUUCUGAUACUUCACUGAGACGAGAGAAGUUACAGACAGUGCGCAGCUUGUUCUACACUGCUUACUGUUCAACAAUUGGGUUUAAAUUCAAGAAUGGUUCAGAUUCUGGACUUGGAAGUCUUUUAGGUAACAUUGCUGAAAAGGUGGGGAUUUUGUCUGCACAAAGGACGUCACUCUGAUGGUGAUUAUAUUUUUGUUUUCAAUUUGUUUAAUAAAUAAAGUCUGAAAGAAGAGACAUUAUUCAAUGUGAGACUGCAACAAGUGAUAAUAUACAUUUGUAUACAUAGACAUAUAUAUUAUAUAUUUUUAUAUUUGUUGUGCGGGUAGAGUACACGUUCUAAAAUGGAAAUGUGGUAUGAUUUUCUCAACAAAAAAAUUGUUAUGGGAAAUUCAUAUGACACCAGAGGGGUUGUGCAUCUCAUUUACUCACAUGACCAUCAGAAACCAGAGAUUAAAUUUUGAAUGUUUUAUGCAUUUACUCUAUGAAGACCUUUGCUGAAAUAUAGCAGUCCUUUUUCACUCCUUCACUGUGUUGUCUCUUUCUGUUUCGAUAUGAUUGAGUCACACAUCUGACUUGUCAAGUAUGACAAACUGUGAUCAUAUACAGGUCAUUUAGGUCUUCAAGUGAUAUUAGUAUGUAUUUUAUAUUUCAAUGUUGUGUAUUUUUACGUAACAUAAUUGGUGUUCACAGAUACUGCCAUAAUAAUAAUUAUUAUUAUUUUUCUUUUCAUGGAGUGAAUGGAUUAUAAGAACACACAUUUAGAACUGUUGCCAAUGAUAAAAUAAAAGCUUUAAAUUGGUAUGUCAAGAUUUAUAUUAGUUAAGUACCUUAAGCAGAAUUUUAUUCACAUUUGUUUUUGUGCUUUAUGAUACCAACAAAAGAAACACAAAUUAUUAAUCCUGAACUUAGCAAAAGGAGCAAUAUGAACUCUUUUUUUUUUUUUUUUUCACUGCAUUAUAAGAAAUCAAUUAAUUAGUUGUGUUAAGACUGUCAGUAUCCCAAACAGUUAAGAUUGGACAUAGUUCCUAAUGAACAAUAAGCAACUAAAUGUACACUCA